AUGGAGGCCGCCUCGGGGCUGGUGAUACAGCCGCGCCCGCGGGCGGCGGCCGGGGUCGGGGUCGGGGCCGGGGCCGGGCCUGGCGUGGGCCGCCGGGGCUCCGUGGUCUGCGUCGGGAAGCGCCCGGGCGCGGGGGCGCUGCGGGUCGGAGGCCCGGCCGGAGCGGCGGCUCGCGCGGCCAGGCUCGUCGUUGCCCCGCUCAAGGCGUCCAGAGGCCAUGAUAGCUUGCAUAACUCAGUUGAUGAAGCCCUCCUGUUAAAGAGGAAAUCAGAAGAAGUUCUGUUCUACUUGAAUGAACGGUGUAUUUAUUUAGUUGGAAUGAUGGGCUCAGGAAAGAGUACAGUUGCGAAGAUCUUAGCUGAAGUUUUGGGUUAUUCAUUCUUUGACAGUGAUAAGUUGGUUGAACAAGCAGUUGGAAUGCCUUCUGUUGCCCAAAUAUUCAAGGUGCACAGCGAAGCAUUUUUCAGAGAUAAUGAGAGUAGUGUUUUGAGGGACUUGUCCUCAAUGCGGCGAUUAGUUGUUGCAACUGGAGGUGGUGCUGUUAUUAGGCCAGUUAACUGGAAAUAUAUGAAGAAGGGUUUAUCUGUCUGGCUGGAUGUGCCUUUGGAUGCACUUGCAAGGCGUAUUGCUCAAGUCGGAACUGCUUCGCGUCCUCUUUUGGAUCAACCAUCUAGUGAUCCAUAUACAGCGGCCUUCUCAAAACUCAGCAUGCUUGCAGAGCAAAGAGGUGAGGCUUAUGCUAAUGCUGACGCCCGAGUUUCUCUCGAAGAAAUUGCAGCUAAACAAGGCCAUGAUGAUGUCUCCAAGCUAACACCGACUGAUAUCGCUAUUGAGGCCUUACUCAAGAUUGAGAAUUUUGUCACUGAGCAUUCCAAACCCAACAGCACAGUUGACGACUUAAUAGUUGAUUCCCAAAAUCGAAGGAAAAAGGCCUUGUAGAAUUUUGCCCUCUUUCUUUUUUUUUAUUCUUUUGUUGUAACAUGUAUCUGUAGCGAAUACUGGUUAGCACUAUUGAUUUAUUCUUUAUCGAAAAGGGAGAGAAGGUAAAGCAUGUUCCCUUGUAAAAAUAGAAUAACCCAUGGACCUGAUGUGAGAUGUUACACAAUUUUCCUUUCUUGAAAUAAGAGUGAGUUCAAGGUGGUCUUCCCAGUUGCAUGCA